GGUCCAUGGACAGCUAUUUACACGCAGCAGCUUGUUUCAGGAUGACCACGUUCAGACAAAGCCGCUCUCGUCUGAGGACACCUCUCAACCGUUGCUGGCCGUCCUGGUUAUGGGUCUGCUUUGCGGCGCUGGUGGGAACAGAGCCGAGACGUACACAGGGGCUGAAGGUGACGCCGACAGGCCUGGAGACCAUCCAGAGGGCUGAGGGCGACUCUGUGGCCUUGGGUUGCAGUUACACACUGAGCCCAUUAGACAGAGGAGAAAUUGACAUCGAGUGGUCUGCGCUCAGCCCCGACACUACAAAGAAGGAUCAGCUGCUUCUGUCAUACACCAGCGGCGCCACGUACCACCAUGGUGGUCCCGGAGUUGCUGAAGGCUUCAGCUUUGCCGCGGGCAAUCCUUCCAAGGGGGACGCUUCUCUCGCCAUCUCUCAGCUGUCACGCCUUCACAGUGGCACCUACCGGUGUAAAGUGAAGAAGUCACCUGGGGUGGACACCCGCAAGGUGUCACUGGUGGUUAAGGAGAAGCCAUCUGUACCUAAGUGCUGGCUGGAAGGAGGCGAGCGCGUCGGCGAUGCCGUUUCGCUGCACUGCCGGUCCUCUAAAGGAUCCACUCCCUUAAAAUACAAGUGGCGGAGAGAAAGCAAAGACCCCAUGCCUGCUGCUGCCACGCAGGACGGCGCGACCGGGGAGUUGAGAAUCGGCAACCACACACAAAGCUUUGCAGGGAUCUACCUUUGUGAGGUGAACAAUGCGGUUGGAGCUGAACGCUGCAGGAUCAGCCUGAGAGCCAACAAGCCUCCAAACAGAGCUGCGGUGAUGGGCGGCAGAGCCGUGGGGUCUCUUCUCCUCGUCCUCAUCCUGCUGGUGUUUGCUGGGCUCCUGAUCUGGAAGCUGAAGGACAGACAGCACAGUGACAAGGAGUUCUCCAACGAGAUCAGGGAGGACGUGCCGCCACCUGACAGCCGCCCGGUGAGCCGGCACACAGGUCGGAACGCUGGUCAGACCCCUCAGAGCGCUUACGGUUGGGCGGAUCAGAACGAGGUCAGCUCUUUCAUCGCGGGGCGCACACACAACCCCUCCAGCUACAGCCAAGGACAAACAGCAGUCAAACACACACCGGCCGGAUACGACAGCAAGCACCGGUACGCGGUGUGAGGAACAAGGAUUUUAACUUGGACACUGCGGGGCAGUCCGCCCAAAAAAAAAAAAGAAUAGUUAAAUAGUCAUGUAAUAAUAAUGCAAGAUGAAGGUUAAGAAUUUCCAAAUAACAAAAAACACUUUUGACACAUUUGCAGAUGCAUCUUAAUAAAUGGAAAUGUCAUUAAAAAGUUGAUUAUUUUAACAAUUCAAUUUAAAAAGUGAUGCAUUAGUAGAUGCAUUAGAUACAGAAUUAUAUAUUUCAAGCAUUUAUGUGUAUUCUUUUUAGUGAAUAUGGCUUGGAGAUCUUAAAAACCAAAAUACAGUUUCUUGGAAAAUUUUAAUAUUACAUACGGUAAAUAAAAAAAAGUUGCCAUUUUUGUCCAACAGACAGUGAAAGACAACCUCCACAAAAGGUCAUUGUUGACAAGCCGACUCACCGAGGUCUGCAUCCAAGUAUUUUAAUGGAACCUUUAGUUGAGGGAAAACAUUUUGGAAGAAACCCUAGCAACAAGGAUAAGGGCAACCUUCAGAGGAAAAGUAUGCAGUGAGCAGUACACGGACAUACUUUCUAGAGAAAUCUGAAUUUUGGGUUCCUAAUGUUGUUGGUCAAUCAUAAAAUUUAACACAAAUAA